AUGUUCAAGCCUCCCUCUAUCUCCCUUCUGGUACAAACGAUACAUCCAGAAAGGAUCCAGCUGACUAAUGGCAUGCCAAUUCCAGAUCCAGAGGAUAACAAGCAGAGAACAAAGAGUACAGCUAUGGGCUAUAUCAGGCACAGGUACUUGUACUUCAAUGGCACAAGCCUAAAAGCUGUAACUCUGUUCUAUAAACUUGGCGGGGCUCCCUUCAUUGAAGCAUCAUCUGAUAAAGAGAUGACAGCCUACAUUAAGCAAGAAAGCCUUGAAUCUCAGUUUGCCUUAGCCUUCAGUACCCUUUUUCCAAGAGCAAAAGCUCAGAGAUUUUACCUGACCUACUACAUAGGACACAAGGGCACAUCUGGCCACGUGUUCUUGGAGUUCAAGUUUCCACUUACGUAUGCCAAUAACAGCGAUUACAAAAAUGACAUGGUUAUAUGAAAAUAGCCUUAUGUCCAUAAGAGUAUGAUGGAGGAACUCAAGAGAAUCAUCGAUGACAGUGAGGUAACAAAAGAAGAUGAUGCUUUGUGGCCUCCACCAGACAGGGUGGGCUGGCUUGAAGUUGUGAUUGGAGAUGAACACAUUUCUUUUACCACAUCCAAAAUUGACUCCAUUGUUGAUGCAGACCAGUCCAAGGAUCCUGAAGGUUUGGAAGUACUUUAUUACAUGAUGCAGGACCUAAAGUGUUUAGUACUCAGUUUUAUCAGCUUACAUUUCAAAAUUAAGCCCAUCUAG